UUGGAACGUGUUCAUCUUCAUCAUCGGCUCUAUUAUAUAUUUUAUCGAAUCCUAAGGAAUGGCUUCACCUCAUAGCCUUGAGGCCGGCCGCGAGCCUAACGAACGUUCGCCUCUUCUCUCCGUGGAUCCACUUCCCGAACAGCAGGAUGCAUCGCCAGACGACUCAUCAGACACUGCUUCCUUGAAACCACAACCCGAAGAGCCUCCAAGCAGAUACCGUCUCCUUUGGUGGGCGUUGGGAAUUGUGCUUGUUGAAGCCCUUCUCGCCCUUUUCAUUCAAGGCUGGAUAGAGUCGGACGAUGUAGACUUCGACCUCGGUGCCGCGUUGAAACGCGCCUUAGGCGGCGGCCUAAGUGGCGCUGCAGCCAUGGUCCUCCAAGUCCUCCUUUUGAUGCCGAUAAGAACGAUCAUGAAUUACCAGUAUCGACAUGGUUCUUCUCUCAGCGUGGCAACGCGUACGUUGUACCAGGAUGGUGGCAUACGGCGCUACUACCAGGGUAUCGGUGCAGCGCUGUUCCAAGGUCCGAUAGCAAGAUUUGGCGAUACAGCUGCUAAUGCUGGUAUUCUUGCGCUGUUGAGCUCGAAUGGAUAUUUGGCGCAAUUACCUUCGCCCAUCAAGACUAUCUUCGCAUCUGCCUGCGCUGCUGCUUUCAGAAUGACGUUAACACCAAUCGAUACUCUCAAAACGACGCUACAGGCACAGGGUGCGGGUGGUACUGCAUUGCUUCGACAACGUGUGAAGACUGAUGGGAUUGGGAGUCUAUGGUGGGGAGCAUUCGCCACGGCGGCCGCGACGUUUGUGGGACAUUAUCCCUGGUUUGCGACGUACAAUUGGCUCUCAGAAGUGCUUAACGAGCCAGAUAGGAGCCACCAACUCUUCUUGUGGCUCCUGCGUGCAGCCUUCAUUGGAUUCUGCGCUUCGGUUGUGUCAGAUUCCAUUUCGAACUCUCUUCGUGUCAUCAAAACCUAUCGUCAGGUCAACGACACGAAAGUGUCUUACUCGGAGGCGGCGAGGCGAGUUAUCCGCCAAGAUGGUAGGCUGGGCCUGUUUGGACGCGGAUUGAAGACACGCAUUCUGGCAAACGGAUUGCAAGGUGUCAUGUUCUCUAUCUUGUGGAAGCUAUUUCUAAAGAUUUGGGAGAACAACACCAGCAGUAAGAAGAAUGUAUAGAAUAGCAAGAAGUGACACACGAAUAACUAGCGAUAGACGAAGUGGAGAGAGGAUGAAUACGAGCUGUUUUAGGAUUGAUGCAUAGACACAUUGAAAGCAUGCUAAACGUUAUAGUAGUUACUCUGAAGUUUAUAAUGGAC